AAUCAAAUACACAAGUCUUCUUCUUCCCUCAACAGCCAGAGAGAGAGAGAGAGAGGGUGAGAUCUGAGCUCCGAUCAUCUCAAAAAUCCAAUCCUUCUCUCCAACACCGCCACAGCCACCGACAAUUUUGAUCCCCGAAAUACCCUCGUAAAAACCCCUAAUUAUCCAGCCAUGUCCCUCAAUAUGAAAACCUUAACGCAGGCCUUCGCGAAGGCGUCGGCCGUCAUCGAGAAGACCGUGCAAACCACAGUGCAGGAAGUGACCGGCCUGCCCAGGGCGAUGCAGGACUACGACCUCCUCGAUCAGAUCGGCUCGGCGGGGCCGGGCCUCGCUUGGAAAUUGUACUCCGCCAAGUCACGAGACGGCCACGCGCCGGCCGUAUACCCUACCGUCUGCGUUUGGGUGCUGGACAAGAAGGCGCUCUCGGAGGCUCGGCAGCGGGCCGGCCUGUCCAAGGCCGCGGAGGAUUCGUUUCUGGAUGUGAUUCGAGCUGAUGCGGCCCGCCUCGUGAGGCUGAGGCACCCUGGGGUAGUACACGUGGUCCAUGCGUUGGAUGAGAGUAAGAAUACGAUGGCCAUGGUCACCGAGCCGCUGUUUGCAUCGGCCGCCAAUGCGCUGGGGAAUGUGGAGAACAUCGCCACGGUUCCCAAGGAGCUAAAGGGGAUGGAAAUGGGAAUAUUGGAGAUUAAGCAUGGUCUGCUCCAGAUUGCAGAGACAUUGGAUUUUCUUCAUAAUAAUGCACGUCUUAUCCACCGGGCUAUAUCUCCUGAGACUAUCCUUAUUACGUCUAAUGGAGCUUGGAAACUUGGUGGUUUUGGUUUUGCCAUUUCAGCUGAUCAGUCUUCCAAUGAUUCUGCAAGCGUGCAACCAUUCCAUUAUGCUGAAUACGAUGUAGAAGAUUCUAUACUGCCCUUGCAGCCAUCAAUAAACUACACUGCUCCCGAACUGGUACGGAGUAAAACAGCUUCGGUUGGGUCCGCUGCUGAUAUUUUCAGUUUUGCGUGCCUUGCUUACCACUUGAUAGCUCAGAAGCCUUUAUUUGAUUGUAACAACAAUGUGAAGAUGUAUAUGAAUAGUUUAACAUACCUAACAAAUGAGGCAUUUUCAAAAAUUCCAAGGGAGCUAGUUCCAGAUUUGCAGAGAAUGCUCUCAACAAAUGAGGCUUCUAGGCCAACUGCAUUGGAUUUCACAGGUUCAUCUUUUUUUCGUGAGGAUACUAGGUUGCGUGCUCUUCGCUUUCUGGACCACUUGCUUGAGAGAGAUAACAUGCAGAAAACUGAAUUUCUUAAAGCUUUAUCAGAUAUGUGGAAAGACUUCGAUCCCCGUGUUUUGCGGUACAAGGUUCUCCCCCCACUUUGUGCAGAACUCCGAAAUUUGGUGAUGCAACCUAUGAUUCUGCCUAUGGUUCUGACGAUAGCAGAGUCACAGGACAAAAAUGAUUUUGAGCAUUCAACUCUACCAGCUCUUGUACCUGUCUUUAGUGCUGCUGCUGGUGAGACAUUGUUGCUGCUUGUCAAGCAUGCUGAGCUUAUUAUCCACAAGGCUACUCAGGAGCACCUUAUUUCUCAUAUUCUUCCAAUGCUUGUUCGAGCUUAUGAUGAUACGGAUGCUCGCUUGCAAGAGGAAGUUCUGAAAAAGACCGUUUCACUUGCAAAACAACUUGAUGUUCAGCUUGUGACGAAAGCUAUCCUACCUCGUGUUCAUGGUUUGGCCCUCAGAACAACUGUUGCUGCGGUGAGAGUGAACGCCCUCUUAUGUUUAAGUGACAUGGUUCAGAUACUAGAUAAGAAUGCUGUUUUAGAAAUCUUGCAAACUAUUCAACGAUGUACAGCUGUUGAUCAUUCUGCUCCAACGCUUAUGUGUACCCUUGGGGUUGCAAAUGCAGUUUUGAAGCAGUAUGGAGUUGAAUUCGCAGCAGUGCAUGUUCUUCCACUACUAAUACCUCUUCUCACUACCCAACAAUUGAAUGUACAGCAGUUUGCUAAGUAUAUGCUUUUCAUCAAGGAUGUAUUAAGGAAAAUAGAAGAAAAGCGAGGAGUAACCUUAACACAAUCUGGACAGCCGGAACCAAAACCAUCACCUACAGUUGAAGGACUCCUAUCAGGACAAAUGAAUAAACCUGUCUCCAGCGCUCCAUCUAAUACAAAGCGCAGUUCAGCAUGGGAUGAAGACUGGAUACCUAAUAGGGGAGCUGCAACUGCCUCGCAGUCGUCAUCUGCAACAUCAGCCGCUCAGCCUGCAGUACCGAAUCAGCCUGCUCAAACCAGCUUGAAAUCAUCUGCUCCCUCUACUCAGCAACCGCCUUCUUCAUGCCCUGCAGUUGAUGUUGAAUGGCCUCCCAAAAAUUCAUCAAAUGUUGCAGCUCAAUUUGGUGGCUUAGACAUUCUAAAUGGAAACAAAAGCACCUCAGAUGCAAGUUUGGAUGAUAUAGAUCCCUUUGCUAACUGGCCACCGCGCCCUAGUGGCACCACAAAUAAUUCCGGCUCCAUGAACAAUGGCUCCACUCCAUCAUCAGUGAACAAAUAUGGGUUCAACAGCAGCUCGACAUCUGCCAAUGGUUCGAACUCUCAAUCUUCAUCUUGGGCAUUCAGCAUGCAGAACCAGAAUCCAGGAAUCAGUUCAUCAGCAAGUACUGGAAGUAGCAAUGGUGGACACAGUUCACAAUACCCUCUUGGGCAGUUGAAGCAAAACCACGGAGUUUCAGCACCUAUUGGUUCUUCCAAUCAGAAGGCAGCAAAUUUGGAUUCAAUAUUUGCUUCUAACAAGAAUGAGCAUACUGCACUAAGGCUCGCUCCACCUCCUGCAACUGCUGUUGGUAGAGGGCGAGGUAGGGGAAAUCGAGGGCAAACUGGCCAAACAAAAUCUCGAACCGAGCAGCCCCCUCUACUGGACCUGCUGUGAUCUCUACAUACAACUACGCCUGCUAUGUCUGUAUAGUCUGUGCUCGAGGUUCAGAUCAUUUGUCAUUGUCCGCUGCGGGUUGAAGAGUUCACUUUUUUCAGUGCUUGAAGUGUAUUUUCCUCGAAAUGGUGAGGUUUUGUUGUUCUAUAGCAUGUAACUGAGUUUGUAGCAUAGUGUGGUAUAGACUCUUUUCUAGAAAGUUUCUUUCUUUUUCCCAUGGGGGGUUGAAUGAAAUAUCUUGUUGAUAAUUCUUUUUAUUCUUAGAAACGGGCAACUCCCAUUGAUGGGGACUAUAAAUAAUAAAUUUUGGUUAUUUUA